CAGAUCGCAGGCGCAGGAUAACGUAUUGGUUCUUGGCGCCUCCAACCUCGCCGACCUGCCGCAAAAGAGCGGGCCUCCCUCCGUUUGCCGCUCUGCUACUUUUCUCGACCUCGCCGCAAUUGAACACGUUCUCUUCUCUUCUCAAUCCUCCCUCUGCGACAGUUCUACCAUGUACUGAAGCGCCACCCAUAAAUUCGACCCGAUCCUCGAUCUCCAAAGCUCCUGGUUUCCGCGCCGGCGAAGCCCACAAUGACCAUCACCUCUAUACAGACCCUCCUGCCGGGUCGCUACUCCGUCAAUGUUACGGAGAAGCGCACGGAGAAGCCUCCACCUCAGACAUACACCGUUCAAGAUUACCCAUUCAAGGGCUACCAACCACCACAGCCCGAUGGAUAUGAGCGGAGCAAGGCUCACCCCGACACCAGCGCCAUUGUUAUCGACAAUGGCUCUCAUCUUGUCAAGGCCGGCUGGUCCUUUGACCAAAACCCGCGAUUCGUCCUGCCUCCCGUCAUGAGCCGUUACCGCGAUCGCAAGCUGGGCCGUCAAGCUCACUUCAUUGGAUACGAUGCCUACGUUGAUGCGACUACGCGUGGUCAGCUGAAGAAUGCGUUUGAUGGUAACUCCAGUGUCGUUGGCAAUUGGGAUGUCAUGGAGGGUGUGCUGGAUUACAUCUUCCUCAAGCUGGGUGUUGAUGGCGCCAACGGAGGUGUUGACCGGCCUAUUCUCAUGACGGAGCCGAUUGCCAACCUUGGAUACCCGAGGAGAAUGAUGAACGAGAUCUUGUUCGAGUGCUACAAUGCGCCCUCCGUAGCCUACGGAAUCGACUCCCUCUUCGCCUACCGUUACAACAAGGGAACCGAUGGUCUUAUCGUCUCAUCAUCGCAUACCUCUACACAUGUCAUCCCCGUCCUCAAUUCGAAACCGCUCCUCUCCAACUCCUCUCGUCUUAAUUGGGGUGGUGUACAAACCGCCGAGUACCUCAACAAGUUGCUACGGCUCAAAUACCCUACGUUCCCGGCACGCUUGGCGGAGAAUCAGGUCGAGGAGAUGGUACACAAGCAUUGUUACAUCUCUCAUGACUACGAUCGCGAGUUGAGUGGAUACCUCGAUUGGACUGGACUGGAGGAACGCAACCACGUCAUCCAGUAUCCCUUCACCGAGCAUGUUGUGGUGGAAAAGACGCAAGAGGAACUGGCCCGGAUUGCAGAGCGCAAGAAGGAGAGUGGUCGUCGAUUGCAAGAGCAAGCGGCCAAGAUGCGUCUCGAGAAAUUGGUGAAGAAGGAGCAGGAAUUGGAGUACUGGAAAGACUUGCAGGUCCGCCUGGCCUCUGAGACCAAGAAGGAGAUUCGCCGUGUGUUGGAGGCCGAAGACCUCAAGGACGAGGCUCACUUGGAACGGAUGAUUCGCGACCUCGAGAAGUCUAUCAAGCGCUCCCGCAACCGUGAUCUGGGCAUUGAGGAGGAAGAGCAGCAAGAGGAAAUGAGCUUCCAUCUGAUCGAUACUCCCAAUGAAGAACUGGAUGAAGCUGGUCUGAAAGAAAAGCGACACCAGCAGCUGAUGAAGUCCAACGUUGAGGCGAGGGCACGUGCCAAGGCUGAAAAGGAACGUGAGAAGGCCCGCAUCGAGGAGGAAGAACGACUUGAUCGGGAGAAGCGUGAGAAUGACUUUGAGAAUUGGAUUGCCGCUCGGCGUACCAACCGACAGAAUCUACUGCAAAAAAUCAAAGAUCGUGAGCGUUUCAAGGCCGACCUGGGCAACCGCAAAUCCCUCGCCAGUCAGAUGCGCAUGAAGACCCUGGCCAACCUGGCCGCAGACGGACCGAAGAAGCGCCGUCGCGGUGGUGAUGAUGAUGACUUUGGUGCCAACGACGAGGACUGGGGUGUCUACCGCACUGUCGCAAAGGAUGAGCAGAGUGACGACGAGGAAGAAGAGGACCUUGACGGCAUGCUGAACAACGUUGAGCAGGAGUUGCUCGAGUAUGACCCCGAGUUUACGGAGAAUCACACCCUUGCAGCCCAAUCAGAUUGGACCAAGAGUCUGGUUCAUGCAUUCCUUCGUGGACCCUGGCCUUUCGACCCCGAGAGUCAGCGUGAAGCCCACCAGAUUCAUCUGAACGUGGAGCGUAUACGUGUGCCGGAGGUUGUCUUCAAGCCUUCUAUCGCCGGCGUGGAUCAGGCUGGUUUGAUUGAGAUCGCGGCUGACAUCGUCAAUCAGCGGUUCUCCAACCCUCAGGACCGCAACCGCUUGUUGAAGGAUGUCUUCUUGACUGGCGGCAAUACGUUGUUCACUGGUUUCGAAGAACGCUUCCGCCGGGAGCUGCGCGCGUACAUACCUGUUGAUGCGGAGCUGGGUGUGCGUCGAGCUGCUAACCCGGUCCUGGAUGCGUGGAAGGGCGCGGCUCAAUGGGCUUCUGGUGCUGAUCUGGGCCGAUCAUCCGUGACUCGACAGGAGUACUUGGAGAAAGGCAGCGAGUAUAUCAAGGAGCACGACCUGGGCAAUGUCACAUGGUGAACGUGGUCUAGUAAGAGGAGUUCAAAAGCCUCAGGCGUAAUGGAGUCGAGUCGUACGGAAUUACUGGUUUGCCAAUUGGGCAUGUUCAUGUUCAACAGGAUUGUUUUUUUUUUCUAAUUAUUACCAUUAUCCAAUAUUGUUCAAAGAAGUUUAAUCAACAUAGUCGCCCGCAAGGAGAUCACCCUUAUUUCCGGGGUAUUGCUCUGCCCCUUACAUUCAUCAACGGUUCUACCUGACUUCAUUUCAUGUAGCAAGUUGGGGAGUCAUUUUGUCUUAGACAUAUGCGACUGCUAAGUUUCAGGGAUCUUCGUCAACCUUAUUCUUCACGUUUGACAGUAUACUCUGGGACAGCCCAAAACAACUCUUCCCGCUUGGAACGAAAAUGCCCUCAAAUUGCAUGGGCCACAUGACCACCCCCUCUCGACUCAAACCAUAGCCCAAUCAUCCAGAAUUCCUGUUUCGAGCCAAUGGCCGACAAUGCCGUACGAGUGGCGAGAUUGUUCUGCAUUGUCCAUGAUUUGAGAAUAGACAACAUUGUAGAUAGACAAUUUCCUCCCAGUCGGAGACCGGCUUUUGUCGUAGGCAACUGUCCUAUAUAUACUAGGUCUUUGGUGUGUUAUGCCGAUUUGCCGUUCUUCAGCUUCUAGUCCGAGAUCAUGAAGGAAGGGCUUGUGGUUAGCUACCUAGCCAGCCUGUCAGCUUCCUAGCUGAGCUAGCUACAUAGCAGGAACAUACAAGCCGCAUAUCCGCGUUGUUCAGUUACACGACGUGAAAGUUGAGAUCGUCCGCUAACUAUUGGCGAUCUUUGCCAAAAGCGGGGAGUGGGGAAUGAUUUUCUUCAUACUCUUGUUAUACCCUACCCAUAACGAGUCAUACGACACUUUGCAGAUCUACAGGAUAACCCAAUAGAUGUGUUUCUGACUCCU